UGCACGUACUCUCCACACAGCAAGUGCUAGCUCACACUCGUUAUUCUCUCGUCUUCUUCCUCUCCGGCCUCUCUUCUCACUCAAUCGAGGUGCUGAGCGAUGAUGGCGAAGAUGAUUGCGGCCAAGAACCUUGUGAAGCUCCUCGUCCUCCUGCAGGUGGCCGCCGGCGGCGGCGUGGCGGCGCUCAGCAUGGACUACUACAGCAUGAGCUGCCCGUUCGCGGAGAUGAUGGUCCGCAGCGUCGUCUACGACGCUCUCGCCAAGGACCCCACCCUCGCCGGCAGCCUCCUGAGGCUGCACUUCCACGACUGCUUCGUGCAGGGCUGCGACGCGUCGGUGCUGAUCGACUCGACGGACGGCAACACGGCGGAGAAAGACGCGCAGGCGAACAAGAGCCUGCGCGGCUUCGAGGUGAUCGACCGCAUCAAGGAGGUGCUGGAGUCGCAGUGCCCGGGCGUCGUCUCCUGCGCCGACGUCCUGGCUCUGGCGGCGCGCGACGCCGUGCUCCUCGCUCGGGGCCCCUACUACGGCGUGCCGCUGGGCCGCCGCGACGGGACGCGGUCGGUGGACUCGGACACCUUCACGGCGCUCCCGCCGCCCUUCUUCAACACGACGUCGCUCAUCAAGCUCUUCGGCUCGCACGGGUUCACGGUGCAGGACCUGGUGGCGCUCUCCGGCGGCCACACGCUGGGGAUCGCGCACUGCGGCAACUUCAAGGCCAGGCUCGCCGAGACGGACACGCUGGACGCCGCGCUGGGGUCGUCGCUCGGCGCCACCUGCGCCGCCAACGGGGACGACGGCGCCGCGCCGUUCGACCGGACCAGCACCAGGUUCGACACCGUCUACUACCGGGAGCUGCAGAUGCGGCGAGGGCUCCUGAGCUCCGACCAGACGCUGUUCGAGUCGCCGGAGACCAAGGGCAUCGUCAACAUGUUCGCCAUGAACCAGGCAUACUUCUUCUACGCGUUCCAGCAGGGGAUGCUCAAGAUGGGGCAGCUCGACCUCAAGGAAGGCGACGAGGGUGAGAUCAGGCACACGUGCGGGGUCAUCAACUCCUAGGCAACUGCUGGUAUACGUGUGGCUGCUGUGUCGUCAGCAAAAGUGUGUGUGCAAUUGUGUGCUUAAUUAUAUGCAAUGCAAGUAUAUGUAGGUAUCAUGGUAUAUGUGUAGCUUGUAAAAGUAAAACAAAGCAUGAUGCAUCAUGGCACUGGUGUAUGAUACAUGUGCCCAUAUGCAUACCCUGAUAGGAACUACUAAGAAUGAAGCUCUUGAUGAAGCAAAAUAAUAAUGCAAGGAUACUACACUAUAUAUAUUGUGUACUGCAACAAAUAAUUGAAGGAAGAAGAAUCUAGAGUC